AUGUCGAACACGGUUUCAGAAGACGCAGUACAGCGACAGCAAAACUCUCCACCUCAACAAAGCACACCUUCGCCCAAUCUUCAAGGAGCUGUUUCUCCUAAUUCAUCGUCUGACGGCCAGCAGUGUUCGAAUUGUGGCACAACAAAGACUCCCCUUUGGAGACGUGCACCAGACGGAAGUCUUAUAUGUAAUGCCUGUGGGCUAUACUUACGGUCAAAUAACACCCAUAGACCUGUGAAUCUCAAACGACCUCCUAAUAUCAUCCCAAUACACAAAGAAGAGGAAGGUUCAUGUAAGGGAGACGGACGUUGUAAUGGUACUGGUGGGUCCGCUGCUUGUAAAGGGUGUCCUGCUUACAAUAAUCGAGUAGUGGUUGCUAAGAAGACGUUGGAUAAGUCUCCUAAAAGUGAAACCACUACUACCAACAAUGGCGGUGAAAAUAAACGCAAGAGCCCGGAUACAGCAAAUGCAGGCGAAGAUUCACUUGCCAUUGCCUGUUUCAACUGUGGUACGACCAUCACUCCACUAUGGAGAAGGGACGACUCGGGGAAUACUAUUUGUAAUGCAUGUGGAUUAUUUUAUCGAUUGCAUGGGUCGCAUAGACCUAUACGAAUGAAGAGAACGACCAUUAAACGAAGAAAAAGAAAUAUUCAUCAAGCAGAUAAAAGAGAAGGAAGUGAAGACGUCCACAGCGAUGCUCAAACCCCUACAUUGGCAAAACUGGAAAUGAUGUCGCCUGCUCUAGAACUAACACCAACACCACCACCAUCUAUAAUUGGCAGACUCCCACCGCUCGAUUACCCUAGACCACACUCAGCAUUCCAAAGGCCAACCCCACCGCCACACUUUCAACAAGGUGCACCUGCACCCUUCCCCUCUCAGUCAUUCUAUCCACCUUACACUGGAGAAGGUAAAAUCCCCAAUGGACCAGGUCCGCUACCGGGGCCUUCUCCAUUUGGCCACUUUUCCCAAAUUGCAAUGUUACCACCACCCUCGCUGCCUCAGGUUGCAACUAAUUUCGAACAAAUAAAACUUCCCGCAUUAAAGCUUGAUCUGAAAUCUCCAGUUCCUAAACCAGAGGUCAAGGGAAAAUGUUGCGACUCAUGUAGCGGCAAGAAGAGCACCACUCCUUUAGCGAUUGAUUUCACAUCAAGCUACAAACAAGAAAAGAAAGAUACAGACAGUGGUAUAGAUAAUAAGAGAAAAGCUGCAUUGUCAAUAGGUGGAUUAUUGAAUGGUUAA